GCCGCGCGGUACCCGGCAUGGCGGCCGCAGCCGAGGGUGUCCUCGCGACCCAACGGGAGGAGCCGGUUCGAGACGAUGCCGCGGUGGAGACAGCUGAAGAAGCAAAGGAGCCGGCUGAGGCUGACAUCACUGAGCUCUGCCGGGACAUGUUCUCCAAAAUGGCAACUUACUUGACUGGGGAACUGACGGCUACCAGCGAAGACUAUAAGCUCCUGGAAAAUAUGAAUAAACUGACCAGCCUGAAGUAUCUUGAAAUGAAAGAUAUUGCUAUAAACAUUAGUAGAAACUUAAAGGACUUAAACCAGAAGUAUGCUGGACUGCAGCCUUAUCUGGAUCAGAUCAAUGUAAUUGAGGAGCAGGUAGCAGCUCUUGAGCAGGCGGCCUACAAGUUGGAUGCAUAUUCAAAAAAACUGGAAGCCAAGUACAAGAAGCUGGAGAAGCGAUGAAAAAUUUAUUGCUGUGAGACAAAGUCUUUUUUUAAAGUGGAAGAAUGUUUUUAUAGGACCUGUAUCCUGAGGUUGAUGAAUUUUCAGAACUCCUCAAAAGGGAACUGUGCUGGUCGUCCCAGAAACAUCCCAACGUUGGAGUAAACUGGAGGACUGUGGCUAUUCCUGAACUUCUUUUGAGGCAGUAUCCCCCAGAAACUCACAGUUACAACUCCUUAUCUUUUACUUGAAUACUUCAUCAUCCAUUUAGGACGGAGAGUCUCUCAAAGUUCAGGAUAAACCUGGGCUUGCCAGUAGAAGCAAAUGAGAGGACCUAUUUUCUCUGGGAGUAGUUGAUCACUACAUUAUUUCCUUAAAUGGCUGGAUUUUGAGUUACUGUAUAAAUGGUUGUUUUUUUAUUGAUGACACUAAUGUAUUGCUAACAAGAUUAAAAAUUAAAAAAGGAAAACAAAACAAACUUGUUCUUUACAGUU